AUGCAAAAUGAUGACUGGAACAAAUAUGAACUAGUUAAGAAAGAAACCAAAGGUGUAGUUGAAAUUAAACACUUAGCAACUAAUGAAGUGACACAUAAAAAGUUUAGACAGAAAGUUCCAGGUGGUUAUUGUUCAAAAUUAAUUGAGCCAAUAACCGAGGUGAUUCUAGCAGAAAUACAGGGGGAUAGUUCAAAAGCGAAAUUAAAAAAAAUUUUAUUAUAUCAGCCCGACGAUAGUGUCGAAUUAAAAGAUUCAGGAAUAUUUAGUUUUGAACAUAAAUUUCGAUGGGAAAAUGAAAAAUUCGUCUGGAAAAAACGUGCCUUCUCCAAGGAUUUGGAAUGUAAAAUGGUGCAGUCUGGCGAUGAACCAAACAUGUGCAUCGCACUAUAUCAACCGAAAAACAAAAACGUUGGAACAGUGAAUAUUAUGAGCGAUAACAUGAAUCGUCUUAAUAUUCAAGAUCGGCGUGGACUUGAAUACGUUUUAUUAAUGUCUAUAUUGUCAUUUUUGGAUAAAUCGGAUGAUGAUAGCAACUAUACUAGAAAGACACCAAAUUCUUUCUCAUCAUCUUCACCCAGUUCAUACCCACCCCCGUCAUCAGAUUCGAACCGUAAGCAGAAGCUGGCAAAGCACAAACCUAAAGAAUAUACAGGUGAAUAUGGAUGGUAA